CCCUCCAAUAUGGCGGCGCCCUGUGGCUCCUCACAGCUCCCCGCCGCCGCGUCGCCGCUGAAGAUCCCCAAGAUGGAGGUGCUGUCUCCCGGCUCGCCCGGGGCGCUCAGCGACGGCAACCCGAGCCUCUCCGACCCCUCCACGCCCAGCGGCGCCUCCCCGCUAGGCCCCGCCGGCCCGGGCUCCGUGGCCGCGGCGACCUCGACGGGGGCCGGGGCCGGCUCGGGGGGAGGCGGCGGCGGCGGGGGCCGCGGCGGAGCCUCGCCGUCCGUCUCCUUCUCGCCCGGCGGCACCGCCACGGCCGCCGCCUGCCGGGGCAUGUCGUGGACGCCGGCCGAGACCAACGCGCUGAUCGCCGUGUGGGGCAACGAGCGGCUCGUGGAGGCGCGCUACCAGCAGCUGGAGGGCGCCGGCACCGUCUUCGGCAGCAAGGCCCCCGGGCCCGCCAUGUACGAGCGCGUCUCCCGCGCCCUGGCCGAGCUGGGCUACGAGCGGACGCCGUCCCAGUGCCGGGAGCGCAUCAAGACCCUGCGCAGGUGUUACAGCCGGGUGAAAGAGCACGGAGUGGGCAAAAGGAAAAGCAGCUACACUUUUGAACAGUUGGAGCAGGUGUUUGGCCAAGGAGGAUGGGACUCUCAACCCUGCCAGCCUGUGCUUAUAAACAGUAGCGGCCUGUAUCAAGAGCUGGAGUCGGACGGCAGCACCAUGGAGGAUUACUCACAAGACGAAUGGGGGAACCACAGUCAGGAUCUCCAUUGCUACCAGUCGGGAGAUCCCGACUUGGACGAAAUGCCAGCAACCAAGAAAUCGUUGAAGAUAAAGCAGGAAUCAUCUGAAGAAUCACAGAAACGUGACAUGAUGCAGAAUAUUGUACAGAUCUUGGAAUCCGUCCAGUUAAAAUGGGAGCUGUUUCAGAGCUGGACAGACUUCUCUAGGCUCCACCUUUCGAACAAACUGGCCAUUUUUGGCAUUGGCUAUAACACGCGGUGGAAGGAGGAUAUCCGUUACCACUAUGCCGAGAUCAGUUCCCAGGUUCCCCUUGGCAAGCGGCUCCGGGAGUACUUCAACUCAGAGAAGCCAGAGGGCAGGAUCAUCAUGACCAGGGUACAGAAAAUGAACUGGAAGAACGUUUACUACAAAUUCCUAGAGAUCACAAUUAGUGAAGCAAGGUGCCUGGAGCUGCACAUGGAGAUUGACUGGAUACCUAUUGCUCACUCCAAACCGACUGGUGGGAAUAUCGUCCAGUAUUUAUUACCGGGGGGGAUUCCUAAGAGUCCCGGUCUGUAUGCCAUUGGUUAUGAAGAUUGUCACAGGAAACCACAGUCUCCUGAUCACGAGGGCAGCUGCCAAGACCCCGAGAACGAGACUCUGGGGGACGCAGACAUGCCUUUAUCUCAAGCCUCUCUCAAAGUGGAGAUGUCGUCCGCCCGAAUCAUAUAUUGUUACCUUGGUAUCGCUGAGGUCAGAACUCUCCAGCAGUGUCUGUUCUUGCAUUUUCAGGCAAACACCAAAACCUUCAGCAAAGAGUGGGUUGGAAUCAAUGGUUUUUUAUCUCAGAACUGCAUUGUGGAUCCAGGGGUUUCGCCCAAAUCCAUCUACAUCAAAUUUGUGGAAGUGGAGAGGGACUUCCUUUCCGCGGGGUCUUUGGUAGAGUGCCUGGAAAAAGCCAUUGGAUACCCGUUGAAAUUUAACAACUGAAAUCUCAUCCUUCAUAAGGAUCAUCUGGGCUUUGUCUCUUGCGUGGCAUUUGGACACUUUAUGGAAUCUUGCAGGACGCGUCUGGGUGAAGUAAGCCUUUU